AACGUAAUCGAAAUACUGUAUUCGUUUUCACUGUCAUUCUCGUUUUCUUCGUCUCAAACCCCCUUUCGCAAUCUCUCUCUCAAUAACACCAUUUUCCACUGCACUGCUACGCAAAUCAAACACAAGAACAAGAAAAAUUAAUCUCUUCCAAUUGGAUUAUUUGAUUCUCCUGUCGUUUAUUAUUAUUAUCAUCGUCGUAUGAGAUCAACUUCAAAUUCACUUCUUUCAGUUUCAACAGCGCGUACCCGUUUGAUACAGAUGAAUGUCACUGCUAUGGAAAAUUUCACUUCAAUCGAAGAAACUGAAGUCAAAUUUUGAAGGAUCAGGCAAUCUCGUUUCUUCCUAUCGAUCCGUUUUUUUGGAAUUUCUGCAAUGCACCGUGUGGGUAUUGCAGGCAGUGCCUCCAAUUCAGUUCGUCCUCGCAAGGAGAAAAGAUUUACAUAUGUAUUAAAUGAUACAGAUGACACAAAGCAUUGUGCAGGUGUGAAUUGUUUGGCUGUAUUAAAGCCAUCAAAACCAGACAACUCAAGUUACCUCUUCACAGGGAGCCGAGAUGGAACAUUAAAAAGAUGGGCAUUGACAGAUGAGGAUGCUACAUGCUCAGCUACCUUUGAGUCUCAUGUUGAUUGGGUCAAUGAUGCAGUCCUUGUAGGAGGGAAUACCCUUGUAUCAUGCUCCUCAGAUACUACAGUCAAGACAUGGGAUUCUUUUUCUAAUGGAACUUGCACAAGGACUUUUCGCCAACACACAGAUUAUGUCACUUCUCUUGCUGCAGCAGAAAAAAAUAGCAAUAUUGUUGCAUCUGGUGGAUUGGGUGGUGAAGUGUUCAUAUGGGAUCUUGAAGCAGCACUUGCUCCCCUCACCAAGUCCAGCGAGGCAGCUGACGAGGAUCGUCCAGGUGGCACCAAUGGGUCAGGAAGUUUACUACCAGUUACUAGCUUACGUACAAUAAGCUCAAACAACAAUAUUACAUUGCAAACAAAUGCACCUCAAGGAUAUGUUCCUAUUGCUGCUAAAGGACAUAAAGAGUCUGUUUAUGCAUUAGCAAUGAAUGAUACUGGAACUCUUCUUGUUUCUGGUGGAACAGAGAAGGCUGUGCGUGUUUGGGACUCAAGAAGUGGCUCAAAGAUGAUGAAGCUUAGAGGGCAUACAGAUAACAUUAGGGCUUUGCUUCUUGACUCCACAGGAAGGUUUUGUUUAUCAGGAUCCUCGGAUUCUAUGAUCAGAUUAUGGGAUCUUGGACAGCAAAGAUGUGUGCAUUCAUAUGCAGUUCACACAGAUUCUGUUUGGGCACUUGCUAGCACUCCUACAUUCAGUCAUGUGUAUAGUGGUGGAAGAGAUCUUUCUUUGUACUUAACGGAUCUUUCAACAAGGGAGAGUAUACUUCUUUGCACAAAAGAACAUCCAAUUCAGCAACUAGCAAUGCAUGAUGAUGGUAUUUGGGUUGCAACAACAGAUUCUUCUGUUCAUAGAUGGCCUGCUGAAGCUCAAAAUCCUCAAAAGGUGUUUCAUAGAGGUGGCUCUUUCCUAGCUGGCAACUUGUCUUUUUCAAGAGCUAGGGCUUCUUUAGAAGGAUCUACUCCUGUUCCUGUUUAUAAAGAACCAAUAUUCAGUAUUAAAGGAAUUCCAGGAAUCGUGCAAUUUGAAAUUAUGAACAACAGACGACACGUUUUAACCAAGGAUAAUGCUGGUUGUGUAAAGCUUUGGGAGAUCACUAGAGGUGUUGUCAUCCAAGACUAUGGACAGGUGUCAUUUGAAAAAAAGAAGGAAGAACUUUUUGAGAUGGUCAGCAUUCCCGCUUGGUUCACUAUAGAUAGUAGACUCGGAAACUUAUCUGUCCAUUUGGACACCCCACAGUGUUUUUCAGCAGAAAUGUAUUCUGUUGAUCUUAACAUCACCGAAAAAGCUGAGGACGAUAAGGUUAAUUUGGCAAGGGAGACACUGAAAGGACUAUUGGCACCGUGGCUGUCUAAAAAGAAACAUAAAUUUGGUCCCCAAAGUUUGGCCAAUGGGGAAGUGCCACCUGUCAGGGAUAGGGAUAGGGAUGUUUCUUCUAGAAGCAUUACACUCUCAAAAGUUGAAGUAGAUGGAAACAGUGAAAACGAUUCUUCAGUUUACCCUCCGUUUGACUUUUCAACUGUAUCCCCACCUUCUAUUAUUACUGAGGGCUCACAAAAUGGUCCAUGGAGGAAAAAAAUUACUGAAAUGGAUUCUACAGAAGAUGAAAAAGAUUUACCUUGGUGGGUCCUUGAUUGUGUUUUACAUAAUCGUUUGCCCCCUAGGGAACACACCAAGUGCAGUUUUUAUUUACAGCCGUAUGAAGGGUCAACGGCUCAAACUGUGACACAAGGGAAGCUUAGUGCACCUCGUAUCUUAAGAAUACAUAAGGUUGUUAAUUAUGUGGUGGAAAAGCUGGUUCUUGAUAAACCAAUGGAGAGCUUGGCGAUUGAUGGAGCUUUUGCCACUGGAGAUGGAUCUUUUAGAUCUGGAAUGAUAAAACCAUGGCAAAAACUUAAGCCUUCAAUAGAAAUUUUAUGCAAUAAUCAGGUCUUGACACCUGACAUGAGCUUAGCUACUGUUCGUACUUAUAUAUGGAAAAAAACCGAAGAUCUUGUUCUCAAUUACCGAAUUGUUUCCGGAAGAUGAAUUUUAUGUAUCCAGAGAGGUACUCUUGUGAGUGAUUUUGAGCUUCCAAGAUUCUUGGAGCAUACACGAAGAACCUCGGGUCAAAUUCUGGUCAAAGAGCUAUCGAGUAUAAAAGAAAUAGCAGAAGAAGAUGAUGUCAGAAAACCACCACAUUGUUUAGUAGUAUCUAUAACAACAUUGUCACACAUGCCAACCAAGUAAGUUUGUGUUUUGUACAUCUUAUUGAUGUGUUAUUAUUUUUGUCUGUUGUUUUGUUUUCAAUGGCUUUACUUAAAACUGUCUGUUUUUUUUAGAAAUAGAACUAGUAUUAUGGGUAUUUGGUAUGUAACCUACAGUUGACCACAAACAUUAAUUUUAAACCCUUGUAGGAAAUUUUUGCA